AUGUCUUCAGAUCCCAACCAGUUCAUGAGAACUUCUGGUCGCCAUGACUCUGUCUGGGUGCACCUCGAACCGUAUUCCAAUCGACCGCAGUUCCCCAAGCUGGACAGGGACUUGGAGACCGAUGUGUGUAUCAUCGGAUCAGGCAUCUCGGGCAUUUCGACCGCCGAGCAGCUCGUGAGGAGGGGCGUGAAUGUCGUUAUGCUCGAGGCAAGAGACAUCCUCUCAGGGGAAACCGGUCGAACGUCCGGCCACUUGUCUUCAGACCUCGACGACGGCUAUGUGGCGAUCAAGAGGCUGUUCGGCCCCGAGGGAGCAAAACACACGGCGGAAUCGCACAACUGGGCUAUCAGGCAUGUGGGUGAAGUCUCGAAAGAGCUCGGGAUCGACUGCGAAUACCGCAUGCUACCGGCAUACAACCUGUCCCAGUACCCCGUGGGCACCAAGGAACAUGACGACGACAUGGCAGAACUACAGGAAGAGUCUGCCCUGCAAAAGGAACUCGGCCUUGACUCGAGAUAUGACGAGAACCUCACCGUCAAAGGCUGGAGUGGAAAGCCGGACCAAAGAGGCGGAGUCAUCGUCGGUCGUCAAGCGACGUUCCAUCCUACCAAAUACUUGGUGGGCGUGCUGAAGUGGCUCAAGGAGCAACCCAACUUCCAAUGUUACACGCAUACACGAGUGACUGACUGCGCUGAGAGUGGGAUUCACGUACCCCUGGUCGACGUCCACCUGGGCGCGAAGAGUGUGACAGUCUCGACACUGAAUGGCCACACGGUCAAGUGCAACCACGCGGUACAGGCCACCUGUGUGCCAUUGCAGAAACUCAGCAUCAUCGCCGAGAUGGAGUACAACCGCACAUACUGCAUCGCCAUCCGCGUCCCCAAAGACACCGUCGAAGACUGUCUCAUCUACGACUCGGCCGAUGCAUACAAGUAUACCCGCAUGACUGAAUGCGACGAGAAGGACGAUUAUAUAGUCGUCGGUGGAUGUGACCACAAAGUGGGCCAGGAGGACGGGUGGGACGCGCGGUACAAGGAACUGGAAACAUGGGCUCGAGAACGAUUUCCCGGUGCUGGGAGCGUCGACUACAAAUGGUCAGGCCAGAUCUUCGAGCCGGUUGACCACAUGGCGUUCAUUGGCAAGAACGAAGGUAGUGAACGUGUCUACGUUGUUACCGGUGACUCGGGCAACGGCUUGACUCAUGGAGUGCUGGCAGGUAAACUGCUUGCGGACGAGAUCCAAGGCGUCGACAACCCCUGGGCGAAGGUUUAUAACCCCAAACGCAUCUCGUCCGUGGCGGCCAAGCUCCCGAGCAUGAUCGAGCACGACGUCCAGAUCAACACGCAGUACAAACGCCUCCUGCAAGCGGACAUCCAGGACGUCGAAGAUCUGGGCAAGGACCAAGGAGGCGUGCUGAACCCAAGGACGUCGCAUCCUCAAGCCAUCUACAAGGACAAGGACGGCAAGGUCCACCGUAUGAGCGCGGUGUGUCCUCACCUCAAGGGCAUAGUGUGCUGGAACAACGACGAGAAGAGCUGGGACUGCCACGUCCACGGCAGCCGAUUCAGUCCCGAAGGACUUCAACUCAUCGGUCCCGCGAAAGGUGGCCUGCAGCCUUUUGACGACAAUGCAAAGGCGAGACAGGAGAUAGCUGCCGAGUCGUGA